AUAUACUGGAAACGAUAUAUAUGGCUUAAUCAAAACGUGUACAGGAAUCUCUUUAAUUAGGUGACGUUACCUAACAUCAAUUAAUAUGGAAUUCUCUCUCUUCUUCUCAUUGCUUCUCCCCUCUUAUGCAAAUCAAACUCAUGAGGUGGACUGGUGGAGCAUUGCUGUCCAACCAAAUGAACUAUAUGGAUCAGACGUAUCCUCCGGACCACAUGGUUGGGUGUUAUUUCAAAAGACUAGGCAAUGCAGUUAGGAAUGAGACAAAAAGUUACAGUCCAGGACUGAUGUGGUCUGGACGACCAAACCACACAUAGUUUUACACUUCUUUGUUUGUGUUAUUGAGCGUAGAGAGAUAAGAGGCCAUAUCUCAUUGGCUUCGUCAGAACCGAGGUUUUGCUCUUCACUCUUUUGUAAGUAAUAGCGUUAUCCGCAAGUGAUAAGACUUUGCUUUAACAUAUAAUUAUAUAAGCUAACAAUCAGUUACCAAGGUUAAAGUUCAAACAAAAAGAAAAUCAUGUUACCAAGGUUUGAUCCAACAAACCAUAAAGCUUGUCUAUCUGUGCUUGAGGAUACGACCAGUAAUGCAAAACAGGUUCAAGACUCCGUGUUGGAAGCAAUACUUUCAUGUAAUGCUCAAACCGAGUACCUUAGAGGUUUCCUCAGCGGUCAACUCGACAAGCAAAGCUUCAAGAAGAACCUACCCAUUGUGACCUACGAAGAUUGUCGCUCUUAUAUUGAUCGUAUUGCUAAUGGAGAGUCCUUUAAUCUCAUCUGUGAUCGACCCUUCAUUGUUCUCUUGACCAGCUCAGGUACUUCAGGAGGAGUUCCAAAACUGAUACCAUUGACAGCAGAGGAAAUGGAACAGAGGAUAUUGUGUGCAUCUCUCUUUAAUCCUAUGCUCUCCAAGCAAUUCGAAGGGGUAACUGAAGGAAAAUCUCUCAUGUUUUAUUUUGUUACCAGAGAAAGCGAGACACCUUCUGGAUUGAUGGUCAGGACUAUAAUAACUUGUAUUUUGAAAAGCUUGACCCCAGCCAAAAAAUUAUACUGGGAUAAAGUACAGAUAAGCCCGCAUGAAAUGACGACUUGUGAAGACACUACCCAGCGCAUGUUCUGCCAACUGCUUUGUGGGCUUCUACAACGAGAAAAUGUAUCUCGCCUUGAUGCACCAUUUGCUUCUUCCUUCCUCAAAGUAAUCAAGUUCCUGGAGGAUCACUGGAAUGAACUCCAACAUUAGGACAGGCCGUGUCAGCGACUGGAUCACAGACGCUCAGUGUCUUUCAGGGAUCUCUAAGUUCCUCACCGGUCCAAAUCCAGAACUAGCGGGCCUAAUCGAGCAAGAAUGUAGUAAAACAUCAUGGGAGGGAAUAGUGAAGAGACUUUGGCCAAAAGCAAAGUGCAUAGAAGCAAUCAUAACUGGCUCCAUGGCACAGUAUAUACCAAUGCUGGAAUUUUAUUGUGGUGGUCUUCCUUUAGUUUCAUCAUUAUACGUCAGCUCUGAAUGUUCCAUAGGUGUCAAUAUAGAUCCUCUGAGCAAGCCUUGUGUUUUUUCUUACACCAUCAUCCCAAGUAUGGCAUACUUUGAGUUCUUGGAGGUCAAGAAAGACCAUCAAGAAACUGGUCAUGAUCUCACAGAGAACCAUGUGGUCGUUGAUCUUGUUGAUGUUAAAAUUGGUCAUGAUUA